UUCCCCGAGGACCCCGUCCCUGGCUAGGUGAACACUACAUACAAACACACACACAAACAUGGCACCAACCAUCAAAGAGAUCAGUGUUCAUUACGAUCCGAUAAAUGAAAGCAAUACAUUUGCUAGCGGUGACAUUGUGGAGGGGCGAGCUGUUUUGGAAGUGACCAAAGAAAUUAAAGUGGACAGUUUGUUCGUGAAGUUUACGGGGGACGCACACGUACACUGGACCGAAGGCUCAGACGAUGAUGAAAGAAGCUACAGCGACCAUGAAAGAUACUUCAAACUAAAGCAGUAUUUCAUUCAAGACAGCUCUAAAAGAGGUAAAGAAGAAAAGAAUACGACUCUUAUAAGUGGAGAGAUUUAUGGACAAACUGUGAAGCCAGGGUGCCAUGUUUUUCCAUUUAGAUUUCAGCUGCCACAAAUGAAUAUGCCUCCAUCUUUUAGCGGGCAUCAUGGAUGGGUAAAGUACAUUUUGGGAGUAAAGCUAAACAGGCCUUGGAAGAUGGCUUCUACUAAAUCAACAGAAUUGACCUUCGUGUUAAGAAAUGAUGGCACCAAAGAUCAUUUACUGCAACCACAAGUUGGCACUAAAGACAAGAAGUUGAAAUUCUUUGCCUCAGGAAAAACCACAAUGACAGCAACAACUGAGAAAUCGGGCUAUAUGCAAGGUGAGCAAAUUAAAGUUUUUGUCGACAUAGACAACUCUUCAUCACGUGAUGUCAAGCUAAAAUACAGCCUCAAGCAAUGCCAGACCUUCAUUGCUGGGAAAAGUACUAAUAGAGGAUAUAAAGACAUAGUCAAAGAAACCAAGGACUGCAUUCCAUCUGGAGAAAAGAAACAAGUCACAGUAAACCUAAAGCUCCCACCUGACAUAGAUGUCACUAUAGAAAACUGUAGAAUAAUUAAAGUGGAGUAUGAACUCAAGAUUUAUCUGGAUGUGCGCUUUGCCUCAGAUCCAGAAAUCAAAUUCCCUGUGGUUAUUCUUCCAUUCAUGGCUCCGUGGCAAGGCCCACCUGGAGGAUUCCAGCCUAACCUCUUUCUACCUCCUGCUCCUGUUGGGCUACCACCUGCACCAGCCGCAGGGCUGUACCCCAGUCUUUUCAACCCAGAAAAUACAAAUCCACCUCACCCAGUUUUUGAUCUCAAUCAAAUGACUCAAGGAUCUUCUCUUAAAGGUGUAGAGGAGGAUUUUCUCAAAUUUUAGAAAAGAACCGCCGCCUUCACUUUUUUGAAAAAUGCAAUUGCGCAACACUCCUGAUUUACAACUAGGAGGACCAAUUGAUGAUCCACCCGGAAAAAGAAAAUCAUCCGCAAUACCUUUAAUUUGCCUUAUUAGUAUCAUUUACCAUCCAACCUCUGAAGAGCACUUACAGGUGCUCAAGUAUCAAGUAUGACUUUAUCUGUGUGAAUUCAAACUAUUAUGGUGCCUUAAAACCUUAUCACAUUUCAUAACUUUACAGUAAGUGGAUAAGGGGCAGCUUUUAAAAUGCCAUCAUUUUUUGUCUUUGUUAAAGUUACCUGCAGUACAUUUCCUUAUACUUAUCAGCACAGUGGGUUGUGCAGUUACACCCAACACAAAGAUCACAAGGUCAAAACCUGAAAACCUCACAAUUUUUAUGUUAAAUUGCACUGAUCAUGUUAAAAGAAUAGUACUCUACUAUACUAUAUACUAUACUAUACUACAAUCUGCAUUAGUAAAUAUGUUCUUUUUUAGAACUUUCUAGCUGUUUAAGUAAUACAUUUGCAAUUUUUUACAUCCGUCCAUGACUGUUUUCUGCUGAUUGUAACUGGUGUAAAAAUACUUUUACUAAAUGCAUUAUAUUUAAAAAUAUUUUUGUCUCGUUGGAUAAUUGUAAUACGUUAUAUAACGUAUGGAUAUCAACAAUCCCUGUGAAAUGAUCAUAAUUAUUGGCAUUAUGAUUCAAAUAAA